UGUGAUCCUUAUACCUGCAGAAGAUUCAAAGUGAGAAAGCCCAGUCUCUCAUUUUCACAUAUUUGGGAAAUAUGCAGGAUUUGGGUUCUCAAAAUUUGGAAUUCUGUUUUGUGAAGUGAAUAUGGAUCUGGAAGUUACUGAGGGAAAAGGAGGGGGCAGGUGGUGCAAAAGAAGGGUGUGGGACUGACUUGGGGAGGGUCUAGGCCAUGUGUGCGCCAGUGGCACUUCACAGAAAAGCUGUCCUGAGUUGGGGCUUCUUAUGUGUUGGGUGGAGUAAAGUCCUGUUAAGCAGGUUAACGUAGAACUGCCCAGGCUGAAGGAAGAGUGAGUAUUUAGACUUGUCCUUAUUAUUGAAGAGCUUCUCCAUAUUCAUAUAUGAUUUUUGUAGCAUUAAGAGUUACCUGUACAGCAGCUGCAAAUGCACAGAAGAAUGUAGUAAAUUAAUGUGUUAUGAAUAGUAUCAACGAUGGCAUUUGCUGUUUCAAGUACCUGGUUUAUAUCAUAAAAUCUAUGCGUGUAGAGGAAUUAAAGGGAAAAAAAAAAUCCCACACAAACAAAAUUUGUUCGCUCAGCUCUGAAAGCACUGCUCCCCCUAUGCAUCUGGAGGAUAAGCAAACAGCACCAAUAUAGUUUCAUUUGUUCUGCUUUCCUCAAUUUCAUCCUCAAUAGAGUAAUAAUUAUCUACAGUGGGUGAGAGCUGGCUUGACAGGAACUGUGAGUCAAAAUGAUUUCCCAGGCAGAAGCUCUUUCAGGUUUUUGGCAAUUCCUUAUUGUCUGUGCCGGCUUUCACAUCUUCACCAAGAACAGCAACAAAAUGCUAUGAUUCAAGUACCUGAAACAGUAGCUAUUGUACUGCUAAAAUCUCCUUAGACAAUGUGGUUUGAAUAGGAAAUGUGGACAUUCAACAACAAAAAAAUGCAUUAAAAAGCCAAAUCCUGCUGUGACACUGCUUAGCUGUUAUCAGGGAAAGUUAGUUCUUUGUGAGCAAAGCUAGCCCUGCCUAGUGACAGUUGCUAUGGAGGGAGCUGUGUUACGGCUGGAAGGGGUCACAUCAUACAACCCUCCCUCAUAGUCUGCCCACGGCAUGUUACUGAGCUGUCAGCAUGUGUGAAUCCUUAUCUGAAGGCAAGCGUUUCAGCUUACUUGGUAAAAAGUAAUGAUCGAUGGGUUUUCUCUCUGCAUUGGCUUGCAUGUUUUCUGUAGCAACGGCAAGCGUUCAUGCCUGCAAGCAAGGGAUCUAUCAGGGACAGAGCUCUGCCAUUUUAGUAACUGUAUUACAGAGAAAUACUAGAAUACCACAAUGAUUAGAAGUCCCAAUCUGGACUCCUUUGUUUGUUGUGCUGUAUGUUCAAAAAUAAUACCACCACCACCUUCCACCGCUACUUUUGAUCGGAUUCGGGAGUAUAAGCCUUUCAGAACACGGUAUUACACUCAUCGUGACAUACUGGAGAUUGGAGCAGACAUUCAACGAGAACAACAUGAAAAGAAGGAGGCAGAGAUACAAGAGCGCAUAGGAAAAAUGAAAGCUGAACUUUGGUCUCAGGCUGAAAUGCACAAGGAAGAUGCAGUGGAUAAAGCUCUCAAAGAAGCGGCCGUUAACCACAGUGCAUUUGUACAAGACCUUAAACAAAAACUUGGAAAGGAGUUAAGGGAAGAGGUGAGGAAGGCAAAGGCAGAGGUGCAGCAGUACAUGGAGGACGAGCGGAAGAGAGAGGUUGAAGCUGCAGAGGAGCGCAUGGCUCACAGACUUCAGCGUGCCCUCAUGGAGUGUGCUCAGGAGAAGAUGCAAGCGGUGGCCAAAGCCAGGAAACAGGAGAGGGAGGCAGCCCUGAAGGAAGCAGCUGGGCAGCACAGAAAGCACUUAGAGCAACUCAAAGAAGAAAGUAGGUUAGCUGAGGAACUACAUCAUAAGAGUAUAGAGCAACUGAACAAAGAAAAGCGUCAUGAGGUAAAUAUUGCCCUGAGUAUCACACGAAAAGAGAAUCAGAUUGAGACUGAGAAACUGCUCAAAGAAGCAGAGACCCUACAUCUUGACAAGCUGGAAAAAGUGAUGGUUACACUGAAAGCAGCAGAAGAACAGGUGAAGACUCUCACACAAAAACUGGAGAAGAUGACAGAUUGGAAGGACAGCCUGGAAACUGAAAUACAAGCAACGAGGCAAGCUUUUCAAAAGUAUAUUGAUGCCACAUUUCCUAACCUGUCCCCCGGACAAGCAGAUUUUAUUCUGCCAUUCAGAAAAGCAUUUGAGCAGAAGGACGCCCUGGAAGAAGCAGAGGGCAGUGACAAAGAAUGCAAGAGAACUAGCAUUAGAUUAGAUUCACAGCCACGGGUAAACAGAACUACAAAUAGGUGAUGCUGAAAAAUAAAUUCAUCUCUGUUCACUGAAUUUUAUGAGUGUGGUUAGAAGGAUACAGAGAAAAAUAACCACCACUAUAUUAAAUAAUGAACUGCUGAGCCAUGCUUAGAAAUUAUGCAUUAAGUUUUGUUUCAUAAAUGCUAGGGCAGAGGUUGGAACAUGCAGUACUUGAGGAGCUUCCCUCUGAGUUCUUCUUGAGAAGGGAAAAAUCUGAUGAGAAAAUCUAUCGCUUAGUUAAGCAUCAGUGCUUGGACUGGGAGGGCUGUUGGCUCUGCCCCUGAAUUCUCAGGUGUGGAGUAAGACACACAAGCUUCAAACGCCUGCAGCCUGGGUUCUGAGAUUUACAGGGCGGUUAUUUUGUGUAACAGUGUGUAUGUCUAUGUAGAGUACUUGCGAGUGAGUGGUUACGUGAUUUGAAAACUCACCUGGCUUGAGAGACAGCUUUUGGGCGAGAAGUGUGUGCCAGUGGGCAGGCAAAAUAACUUUCCUGUGGGAGUACUCAAGUUUAUCUAUUCACACAUGCUUGAGGCCUGUGUGGCUUCAGGCCAGCCUCAAUACAUUGAUUGGGUCUGAAAUUCAGCCUGCCUAAACAUUUCAUUUGUCUUCACUGUGUAAUAAGACUCCUGACAGCAUUCGCUUAAUAUUCACUAAAGCUUUGUGUCUAUCUCAUUUGUUACCCAUUAAUCUGAAAACACUGUAUAGCACCUUGAGUGUGAGCUGAGGAAUGUAAAGGAGCUGGUCUUUACUGUAGGUGAUGGAAAGCAUAAUCUGGGGAAGGAAACUCUCCAUUGGCAUCUUGUUUAAGAGAACUUUUGAGAGAGGAAUCUGCAGCCUUCUUUUCCACAUGCUCAAAAACAACUCCAGAAAACAAAAGAACAGAAUAUCCAUCACUCUACCAAACUAAGAAGUGAAGACAAGUAAAGUCACUGGUUUCUCAUGGAACAGUUUAAUUCAUAUAAAAUAUACUUCGAACAGAUAUUUGGCAUGCUCUGGCACUAUUUCUGGCCUAAAUGCCUGUAAAACCUUACCUUACUGAAUUGUGGAAGCUCUUUCUGUGGAGAGCUGAUUCUCCCUGUUCAUUUCCCCUCUUACGCUCCCAAUGAAAAGAAGCCAAACUUCAUGUUCACUGUUGUCUAAUCAGAUGCAUAAACUGCACAGAGCCCAAGAUAACACUUGUGUUUACAUCUUAAAAGUUCUUCAGCAGUUUGAAAUACUCCAUAAGCUCUAUAAACCAUUUUUAAAGAAAAUAUUUACAUGUGCUUUAAACAUAAAAGUGUUUUGAAACUACAUGAGUAAAACCCUGGAAGUAAAGUACUAGCAGCUGCUUCAUGAAAUACCUAAAGCUGGUGAAUGCUUUUGGUUGGGUUAGCUGACUAAAGGCUCACCUCAGCGCACACCAUAGAGCACAGAGGUGCAGCAGCAGCUCGGGGAAUCCCAACAACCCAGUGCAAGGAACAAGCCUCCAAUCCAGCCCCUCCUGGGGCAUCCCAGGAGGGCGUCAGCCCCACUGACUCUGAGUGAGACCCAUCAUCAUGACUCAACCAGUGAGGCUUUCUGGAGCACCUUGCAGACUGAGGGUG